AUGGCAGCUGCCCAAAUCGACGGAGUUGAAACUGCUUUGGCUGAAAAGUUGGAAGGAGUUUCGUUGGACGAAGUCAAGCGAAUUCUAUAUGGAAGACCAUACAAGAGCUUGGAAUUCUCGGCCGAAGCCACGAAACUCGCUCAAGAUGGGGAUUUCCAAUUGGCUGGAUACAUUGUUGAUGCUCAAAAGGAGCAGACAAGAGCUCCAAGAUUGGUCCGUGUGGCAGCUAUCCAAAAUCGGAUUCACCGCCCAACUACUGAUUCUGUUGUUGAGCAACGUGAUGCUAUCCAUCAACGUGUCGCAGCUAUGAUUGAGGCUGCAGCUGCGGCUGGAGCCAACGUCGUUGGACUUCAAGAGGCAUGGACCAUGCCGUUUGCAUUCUGCACUCGUGAACGUCUUCCAUGGACUGAAUUCGCAGAGUCUGUUUACACUGGACCAACUACUCAAUUCUGUCCAAACUUGCUAGAUGAGGAGAAAGAUGACGUCAUCUGGAACACUGCUGUUGUGAUCUCUCAUACUGGGCGGGUUAUUGGAAGAUCUCGAAAGAAUCAUAUUCCAAGAGUUGGAGACUUCAAUGAGUCUACCUACUAUAUGGAGUCUACUCUUGGUCAUCCAGUUUUUGAAACUAAAUACGGACGUAUCGGAAUCAACAUUUGCUAUGGACGCCAUCACCCACAAAACUGGAUGAUGUAUGCUCUCAAUGGAGCCGAGAUUAUCUUCAACCCAUCUGCAACUGUUGGAGCCCUCAGUGAACCACUCUGGGGCAUCGAGGCAAGAAAUGCAGCUAUCGCAAAUCACGUCUUCACAGUUGGAAUCAAUCGUGUUGGUACUGAAGUCUUCCCAAAUGAGUUCACAAGUGGAAACGGACAACCAGCACACAAAGAUUUUGGACAUUUCUAUGGAUCCAGUUAUAUCGCUGCUCCAGACGGUAGCCGUACUCCAUCUCUCUCCCGUGUUCGUGAAGGAGUUCUUGUGGCUGAACUCGACUUGAAUCUGUGUCGUCAGUGCAAAGACGCGUGGGGAUUCAGAAUGACUAACCGUCUGGACAUGUACGCUCAAAAACUGACAGAAGUAUCUAACCCGGACUACCGUCCAGACAUCAGAAGAGAGCAGUGA